AGAGCAGAGAUUCUCCAUAAAAUUCGGAACCCUCUUCAUCUAUAUAACCCUGACCAUGUCCUCUUCAUUUGUUCAAUCCUAGGGUCAUCAAUAAAAAUCUUGUCUAAUUUUUUCAAUCUCCACAGCCUUAACCCAACCAAAACAAAACAAAACUAAAUAAUGGGUGGCUGUGCGAGUAAACCCAAGGAAUCAGACAUGAACAACGAAGAAGGCUCUGUUCCUAACAAGCCUGUGUCUGAAACCAUAGUACAGGAGAACAACACGGAAGAAAGCGGUGAGAAACAGAACCAGACAGAGACUGAAACAACUUCUGUCGAACCUAAGGAAGCAUCUGAGGUCGAGCCGAUCAAGGAAACAUCUCCUGCUGUUGAGCCAGAGGUUGCAGCAGCUGUGGAAGAGUCAUCUUCUGCUGGUGAGGCUGCAGCACCUGAGAAGGUGGAGAACGCAGCGGCUGCAACAGAAAAUGCUGAAGCAGCUGUGGAAGCGGUCGUCGCUGCUGAACCAGUAAAGGAUGAGGUUAAAAAGGAAGAGAAAGAAGUUGUUGUCGCUAUUUGAUUGAUUAAAUCUUGUGAAAAUGUUUUGAAUGUUGUUGUUUACCACCUGGAUUUGAUUUGCUACUAACUGGUUUUAUCGAGCUGUUUCUUUGUAUUUCACAAUGGUUAUUCUUUGAUUCAAUUAAAUAAAAAUCAGUUUUGCUUAA